GGCCGGGCCGCGCCUGCGCGGGGGCGGCGGGGAGGGGACGAUGGAGGCGCGCAGGGCCCGGCGGCCCCGCGCCCCUCACAGCGCCCAGCGCCGCCAGCAGCGCCGCGGGGCCCGGCCCUGAGCCACGCCGGAUUGAAUUUCUCUCUCUCUGGCUGAGGUUCCUGCAGCUGCAGCAUGGAGAUGAGUCGGGAGAAGCUGUGUGCCAGCAAGGCUGAUGGCAGCUCAGACUCUGCCUACCACUGCUCGGCGUGCCACGGUGACGAGGAGUGGGGCAGCACCAGCCGGGGCCGGGCCAAGUCACGCAGUUUGUCAGCUUCACCUGCCCUUGGGAGCACCAAAGAAUUCAGGAGAACACGCUCCUUGCAUGGACCAUGCCCAGUGACCACGUUUGGACCAAAGGCCUGCAUGCUGCAGAAUCCCAAAACGAUUAUGCACAUUCAGGAUCCAGCAAGCCAGCGGUUGACAUGGAACAAACCUCCCAAGAGUGUCCUUGUGAUCAAGAAGAUCCGUGAUGCCAGUCUGCUGCAGCCCUUCAAAGAGCUCUGUGUGUACCUCACUGAGGAGAACAAUAUGAUAGUGUAUGUAGAGAAAAAAGUGUUGGAAGACCCUGCUAUAGCUAAUGAUGAGAAUUUUGGACCAGUGAAGAAGAAAUUUUGCACCUUUAGAGAAGACUAUGAUGAUAUCUCCAAUCAGAUAGACUUCAUCAUAUGCCUGGGAGGAGAUGGGACCUUACUUUAUGCUUCUUCACUUUUCCAGGGUAGUGUACCUCCAGUCAUGGCUUUUCAUCUGGGAUCCCUUGGAUUUCUUACUCCAUUUAAUUUUGAGAAUUUUCAGUCCCAAGUCACUCAGGUUAUAGAAGGCAAUGCUGCUCUGGUUCUCCGGAGCAGGCUCAAGGUGAAGGUGGUCAAGGAGCACAGGGAGAAAAGCACAGUGCAGAAUGGCAUCGAGGAGAAUGGAGUCGUGUCUGCAAGCCUGGAGAAAGAAGUGGGCAAACAAAUUAUGCAAUAUCAGGUCCUCAAUGAAGUUGUGGUGGAUCGUGGCCCUUCCUCCUACCUGUCCAACGUGGAUGUGUUCCUGGAUGGGCACCUGAUAACCACAGUGCAAGGAGAUGGGGUGAUCGUGUCCACGCCGACCGGCAGCACCGCGUACGCCGCCGCGGCCGGAGCGUCCAUGAUCCACCCCAACGUCCCUGCCAUCAUGAUCACCCCCAUCUGCCCCCACUCCCUGUCCUUCAGACCCAUCGUGGUUCCUGCUGGAGUGGAGCUCAAGAUCAUGCUCUCCCCAGAUGCCAGGAACACGGCGUGGGUUUCGUUUGAUGGAAGGAAGAGGCAGGAGAUAUGCCAUGGAGACAGUAUCAGCAUCACUACCUCUUGUUACCCCCUCCCCUCCAUCUGCUUCCGGGACCCCGUGAGCGACUGGUUCGAGAGCCUGGCCGAGUGCCUGCACUGGAACGUCCGCAAGAAGCAGAACAACUUUGCCGUGGAGGAGGAAGAAUUCUGAGUGUCCACACCCAGCAGGGCUCGUGGCAGUGCAAUGUGGCAGAAUCCCUCCCCUCUGCUGGGAUUUGGAGCAGUGGAACGUGGCAGAAUCCCUCCCCACUUGGAUCUCGGAGCUCUCGGUGCAGGCGCCGCCCCGGAGCUGCCUGGUGGUUGUGUUGAUAUCCCUGAGGUGCUGGGGCUGGGAAGGGUUGAGCUCCUUCCUGGCCAUCAGGAGUGGGAGUGGAAGGUUCUGAUCCAGUGGGAAUUUCCUUCCAAGCGAGCAGUCUGAGAGUGGAUCAUUCCUGACUGCUGUCCAAAACCACAUCUGCAGAUUUGAUUGUAACCUCCGACUUACCAGUUCCAUGGUAGGCUGAAUGUAGCUCCACCAGGGAAAAGUGGCAGCAGAAAAGUGGCAUUAAAAUCUUUUCUUUGAUAGGUUUGUAACUCCAUUUAACACUGCUAGGAACAGAAAGGCUCUGAGAAGUUUUCUUAUUUUAAAAACAAAGCUCCUCUUUGUUAUCUUAAAUACACCUUGCCCAGAAAAUACUUUCUUACUUGCAAGUGUGACACGCUGAAGAAACAUCCACAAAGGAUGUUUUUUAUUAAUAGAUGGAAUUAGUAAUUAAAAGUAUAUAUUUUUUAUAUAUACAUUUUUUUCUCUUGUGCCCAUUUGAGCAGUGGUUGACCCUUGGCUGUCAGCACUGUGGAAAUACCCACAAACAGCAGGGAUGAACAUUCAUUAUUCUGGGUUUGUAGCUGAGCUGAUUCACAGCUCUGCACUUCCUCUUGGUGGGAAUCAUCCACGUGUUGUUUUUUCUUAUUAUUUUUGUUUGAUUCCCUGGGAUAAAUGGUAGCAUUAGAGACUAUCAUGUUUAAAAAAUAAUAAUAAUAAUUCUCCAAGUGUUCAAGAAGAAUCUGGACUUCAAUUGCUACUGAAUUCACUGUUGUCCUGAAGAAAAUAUCCUUUUCUAAGAUCCUGAAUGCCCUCAACUUCCAUGAAACCUUCCAGCUCUUGGUGCUGAGUAAUCCAGGGUGGGAUUCUGCAGUGGUGGGCUGGAGAAAUGAGGACACAUUCCCAGGGGAGUAGCAACGGUGCCUUCAGCACACUCAAGAUAUUCUAAGUCUCACAUUUACUUUUUUUAAGAUGCUUUCAAAUGUUUCUAACUUCUCUCUGUACAUAUUUUAUUGUAUGUGCUUUUAUGAAAGAACAACAACAACAAAAAACCCAACAAAAGAACUGGUUGGGAUGGGGGGAGAGGGUUUGUACUGUACUUUACCUGCAAAACAGCAAACCCAAGGAUAAUGUUUACAUUUAUGUUCUCUGUGGUGCAGUCUCUUAUCAUCUUACCCAAACUUCAGCAUUUUCAAGUCUUGCUGCAUCGCUCACUGAGGGAGGGAGGGACAGGAGCUGCUCAGUCCUGGGCAGAACCUGGCCAGGGAGUGGAUUCCUGGCUGAGGAGGGAUUUCCUUGGGAACAGGGGCAGAACCUGGCCAAGGAAUGGAUUCCUGGCUGAGGAGGGAUUUCCUUGGGAAGGGGGCAGAACCUGGCCAAGGAAUGGAUUCCUGGCUGAGGAGGGAUUUCCUUGGGAAGGGGGCAGGACCUGGCCAAGGAAUGGAUUCCUGGCUGAGGAGGGAUUUCCUUGGGAAGGGGGCAGAACCUGGCCAGGGAGUGGAUUCCUGGCUGAGGAGGGAUUUCCUUGGGAACAGGGGCAGAACCUGGCCAAGGAGUGGAUUCCUGGCUGAGGAGGGAUUUCCUUGGACAUGGGGCAGGAUCUCUGCUGAACCUUUUCCAUGAUUGUCUUACGUUGUGUCUGUGGUCCAAAGUGGAAAUGGGAAUGGCUUCAUUUCCAAACCUGUUGUCCUCUGGUGGUUUCAAUAAUGUCUCAUCCCUUUUGGAUGCUGCCCUGGGCUGAGCUCAUCAAGUGCAGGUGAGAGCAUUUUCCAGAAAAGAGAAGCAAACUCUUGGGUGAAGAUUCAGAUCACAACGAAAGCGUGUUGGGAUAAAUGAACACUUGGUCUGUACAUUUUGUAACAUAGAAUAUUGGUUUGAUUGGGUCAAAACCAGAUGGAUUUUGGGAUAUCUUGGAGAAUCUCCAGAGAGCUUUUGGGAUUUCUCUUUCACUUGAGUCUGCAGUAAUUGUUUUAUCACUGUUUUGAAGCUGCUUACGGGUUUCCUAAGCGGAGUAUUCAGUUAUUUCAUAACUGGUUACUUUUGGAACUAGAGAAGUGUCAGGCUGUUUUGCUUUGGAACUCUUUUAUUUAAACAUGCAAUAAUUGAGAGAAGGAGCAGGGUAUGGUGUCUAGAGAAACGUGUGGAUGAGUGGAGAGUGAGCAGUUCUAGGCACACUGGGGAGUGGAAGAUCAUUUUGCAGAGGUGAAAUGAUUGAUGAGCCUUAUCUAGUAUUUUUUUAAAGAUAAAACUAUAUUCAGCACUUUUUAUUUAUGCUUUUUAUAAUAGUAAAGCUAUUCUUAAAGCUAAAUUGCCGAACUUUUAAUUUUCAGAGUGCACAGGCAAUUAAAUCUGUAAUCAAAGUGUACUGAACUACUUUAGAUCUACGUUAGGGGUUGGCUUGAAAUUUCUUCUUUCAAUUUCUCACCUGCUGCAAUUGCAUUGCUGCCUCUGAGGCUGCUGCAGCUUUGCUUGUGCAGAGUUGUGCUGAGAAAAGGCAUUUUCUGGGUGGCUGCUGAGCGACUUCAGCCCUGGCUUUUCCUCCAAAAGCUGCCUUGAUUCUCCCUGGCCCAGCCUGGGCUGUGGUAAAGUUUUUAAUCUGCAAACUGCAGGGCAGGGAGGCUGCAGCAGCCCUGGAGUUCUGCUCUGAGCUGCUCCAGGAGUGGGGGAGCUGAGGCAGGAAAAAGCUGGAAUGCACCUCACUUUAUUGGCAAUAAAACCUCGUUUUGCUAAUGUAGCUUAUUCUGAAUAACUUGGUUAAACUGUGCUAAAAAUGGGGGUUUGCUGAUUAAGAGUUUUUAAUAAAAGGGUUUGUAAGUCACUGGCACUUGCAAAUCCUUUCAUCUACAAAGGGCCAAAAUGGAAGCUGGGAAAUUAAUUUGGUUUUUUUUUAAGAAAAAAAAAGAAGUUAUCCUCUGGUAGAAAUGGAAGAAGUUGUUACCAACUGUAGUAGGGAAUAAAGCAGUGUACUGAAUUUUUAAAAGCUAAAAAAUCCUGUUACAUAUUGUUAACACAUUGAAAACUUGGUUUUAAAUAUUGUUGAGAAACAAAAUAUUUUUCAAUCCUUUCAAUAAAACUUUUUUGUAAAGUUGGA